CAGCCUCGGGACAGAUACACACACAGAUCUCUGACUUUCGGCCGCGACGCAGGUUAGGAAUUUAAUACCGAGCACUUUUUUGCAAGUGAGAGAUAAUGUCGCUCCGCUACAACAACAAAGUGGCAGUUGUCACGGGAGGUUCUAGAGGAAUCGGCAGAGGCAUCGUCAGAGUUUUUGUGGAGAAUGGUGCCAAAGUGGUGUUUUGUGCUUUAGAACGUGAGGAGGGUGAGUCCCUGGAGCCGGAGCUAAACAAAGCAGGACCCGGCUCGUGCGUGUUUGUCCCAUGCGAUGUCACCCAAGAGGACGACCUCAAGAGACUCAUUGUGUCCACAGUGGAGCAUUAUGGGCAAAUCGACUGCCUGGUCAACAAUGCUGGAUGGCACCCGCCUCAUAAAACCACUGACGACACCACAGCAGAGGAGUUCAGAGACUUGCUGAAUCUAAACGUCGUCGGCUACUUCUUGGCGUCUAAAUAUGCAUUGCCGUACCUGCGGGAGCGUCAGGGCAACAUCAUCAACGUUGCCAGUCUAGUGGCAACCAUCGGGCAGCUGGAUUCUGCGCCGUAUGUCGCCACCAAGGGGGCGGUAAUCUCCAUGACAAAGGCGAUGGCUGUGGAUGAGAGUCGCCACAAUGUGAGAGUAAACUGCAUCUCUCCAGGUAACGUGCUGACACCUCUGUGGAAGGAGUUAGCAGGACAGACUCCAGACGCUGCAGCCGCCAUUAAAGCAGGAGAGAACUCUCAGCUGAUGGGUCGUAUGGGGACUGAGGUCGAACUUGGACUGACGGCCUUGUAUCUGGCCGCUGAUGCUACGUUUUGCACUGGGAUAGAGAUAAUGGUCAGCGGAGGAGCUGAACUCAACUAUGGCUUCAAGAGUCAGAUCCCACACUGACUCUAGUCCUCCUGGUCUCCACGGUCUCCUUACGCUUCUGGAGGAGCUACAUUUUUUUUACAGAUUAAUUUAGUUAAAUGCACAUUGACCCAUGUAGUGUGUUUCUUCUGUUUCUGAGAGGGAUAUUGAAAAUGUGUUGUAUGUGAAUAAAAGUAAAUAAACUGCCUGCGUGACCA